AUGCAAUGCACUUUUCAUGUACUACAUCCAUUAUCUUUAAUAUGUGUGGCUUCUCAUCAAUGUUAGAGGAAACUUUGUGUAAGAUGUGAUUAUGAAAAUGGAAGAGAUUUUCACUAGACAAUUCUGUUUGAUGAAUUUCGUGAAUUACUAUAAAAGAAAUUUCAUGAGUUUAAACUUGAUUAGACAUCUCAAUUAGAUAACUAUAGAAUCAGUUUCAAAUCAAUGCUUUCUGAAACGGAAAGAAUGUUGAACAAAAUUUGGGAAGAGCUAUCAGAAUCAAUUAAAUCAAUAUAUAGUUUAAUUGAACAGGAGAAUAAUUCAUAUAUUAAGCUUAUCAAAGAAAAUAGCAAUCUAGCAGAAUCUUCCUAUUCUGACUUGGAAAAAUUAAUAUAAUUUGUAAAAGGGAAAGAUUUUAUAAUUUAGAUAAAUUAAUAUUUGGUUAAAUUAGAAAAGGCAAAAAAUUGGUGGAAUCAAGAAGUAAAUUCUUUUUGUGAGAGGAUAAAACAGGAAAUAAAAGAUAUUAUGCCAUUAAUUAAGUAAAAAUUUAAAAGACUAUAGGAUUCAACCAAACUAUGAAUAAAAGGAAUAUUUGAUUUAGAUUUUAGUUUCCUUAAAAGAUGUUGAUGAAAAAUAAUUUUAAAGGGUUAUUGAAAUGUUAAGAAAGGAGAAAGUUAGAGAUUGUAUCCAAUUUCUUGAAAAUGAUUGUAAUCAACAACAUCAUGAAUAAUAUAUUUGUAAAUUAGACAAUCUAUCACCUAUUGAUAGGAAAAUUAUGUUGAAAAAUGUAAAAAGUGACAUUACGUUUAUAACUAAAGUUAUCAAAAAUAUUAAAGAAAAUGAUUUUUCUAAAACAAAUUACUCAAAAGAAGAAUUUAAGGUAAUAAGAUAAAAUCUAAUUCUAAAAAUAUCUAAAGAAGAGAAAACUAUUGAAUUUCUUAAAUUUUUAAUUCACCUUACAUCAAUAGACGAUAAAUUCAUAUAAUGUGGAUCAAACUCAUUUAAUUUAUUAGUUGAAAUGAAGGUUGAUCUGAGAGAAUAAUGUUUUGAAAAUAUUAGGAUUAAAGAUACUUCUUUGAUCGGUGCUAAUCUAGUAAGAUGCAUUUUAAACGGAUCUGAAUUUUAAAAUGUUGACAUAACCGGUGUGAAUUUAAAUGGAGCGUAAUUAUUUAAUUGUAGAUGGGUAAAUAUAAUAAUAUGUGAAUUCAAUAUAUUAAAUGGUUAUUCAGGUUAGGUAAGAUCAGUCUGCUUCUCUCCUGAUGGUAUUACUUUAGCAUCUGGGAGUAUGGAUAAAUCUAUCUGUUUAUGGGAUGCGAAGACAGGAAAAUAAAAAGUCAAAUUCGAUGGUCAUAGUGAUGUUGUCAAUUCAGUAUGCUUCUCUCCUGAUGGUAAAACAUUAGCAUCUGGGAGUUAUGAUAAAUCUAUCCGUUUAUGGGAUAUUAAGAAAGAACAAUAAAAUUUCAUAUUAGAUGGUCAUAGCAAUUGUGUUCUUUCAGUCUGCUUCUCUCCUGAUGGUACUUCAUUAGCAUCUGCAAGUGGAGAUUGUUUCAUUUUUUUAUGGGAUGUUAAAACACUAUAACUAAAAGCUAAAUUAACAGGCCAUUUUGAUUAUGUUUCAUCAAUAUGCUUCUCACCUGAUAGUACUAUACUAGCAUCCUCUAGUAUGGAUAACUUUAUCUGUUUAUGGGAAGUUAAAACAGGAAAAUAAAAAGAAAAAUUCAAUAAUCAGAGUGAUUAUGUCAAGUCGGUGUGCUUCUCUCCUGAUGGUACUACAUUAGCUUUUGCGAGUGGGGAUUUUUAUAUCUGUUUAUGGGAUAUUAAAAGACGAUAACAAAAAUUCAAAUUAGAUGGUCAUACUAGCUUAGUUCUAACAGUAUUUUUCUCACCUAAUGGUACUACAUUAGCAUCUGGUAGCGGUAAUGUAAAUUUAUUAAUACAAGGAGAUAAGUCUAUCCGUUUAUGGGAUGUUAAGACAGGAUAAUAAAAAGCCAAAUUAGAUGGUCACAGUGGGGCUGUUAAAUCAAUCAGAUUCUCUCCUGAUGGUACUACAUUAGCAUCUAGUGGUGAUGAUUAAUCAAUUCGUUUAUGGGAUGUUACAGCAGGAAUAGUAAAUAAACCCUCUAAUAAAUAUUAUAAUGAGAUGCUUGCCUAGUUAAAAAAAAAACUUAAAAAUACUUCAUAAUUUCAAAAUAGUAAUGAUUAUUAAUUUUUUAGUAAACACUAACAUUCCCAUUCUUGUAAUAUCACAAAAAUCUAAUUUAGAAGCAUAAGGAGCUUUAAUUUUUAGGGGAGAGUUUAGAAAUUCUUAAGGAUUAGAUUUAAGAUCAUUAUUGAAAUCUAAAGGAACUUUGAUUUUGGAAGAUGGAUGA